AUGUUCGCCGCCAGACGCUGUGCCGCCUCAUCGCGGCAGCUGCUGCGCUCCCAGCCGCCUCGCCGCUUCGGCUCCUCCCACGCCCACGCUGAGCCCGUGAACGAAAGCUUCGGCCCCAGCUUCUACGUCACCAUUGGCAGCUUCGCCUCUGCGUUCCUCAUCUACCACGUCAGCAAGUCGACCGACUCCGAGAACUGGAUCUCCGGCCUGAUCACCAAGUACACUCCCUCCGCUGAGGUUGCUGAGCAGCGCAAUGCCAUUCACACUGCCAUGCUUGAGAAGGCUGCCGAGGAUCGCCACCUGCUCCAGAGUCAAGGACCUCGUGAGGCCUAUGAGUUGAUGCAGCCUGACAUGAUGAACACCGGUUCGCCCUGGAACGUCUCCCCUGGUUCCCAGGCGGAUUUGAGCAAGGUUGUGGCCCACUACGAGCAGCGUAACAAGGAGAUUGACGCGUCUCGGAUUGCACGGAUGCAGGGUCGCGAGAUCUCCAUCCACGAAGAGGCUAUCUAA